AUGGGCCAGAGAGGAGGUCAUACAAAAUGCUUCAGACACAAUUCCUACCCCCCCUCCCCUCUGCUCCUAUGGAGCCCCAGCCCUCCCAGCCCUCCCAGUCCUCCCAGUCCUCAUAGCCCUCCCAGCCCUCCCAGUCCUCUCAGCCCUCCCAGUCCUCCCAGCCCUCCCAGCCCUCCCAGCCCUCCCAGCCCUCCAAGCCCUCCCAGUCAUCACAGCCCUCCCAGUCCUCAUAGCCAUCCCAGCCCUCCCAGUCCUCAUAGCCAUCCCAGCCCUCCCAACCCUCCAAGCCCUCCCAGCCCUCCUAGCAAUCCUAGCUUUCCUAGCCCUCCCUACCUCCCAGCCCUCCGAUCCAUCAUAGCCCUCCUAGCCCUCCUAGCUUUCCCAGCUCUCCCAGCCCUCCUAGCCCUCCAAGCUCUCCCUGCCCUCAUAGCCCUCUCAGCUCUCCCAGCCCUCAUAGCCCUCCCAGCUCUCCCAGCCCUCAUAGCCCUCCCAGCUCUCCCAGCCCUCAUAGCCCUCCCAGCUCUCCCAGCCCUCAUAGCCCUCCCAGCCCUCCCAGCCCUCCCAGCCCUCCUAGCCCUCCCAGCCCUCCCAGCCCUCCCAGCCCUCCCAGCUCUCCCAUCCCUCUUAGCCCUCCCAGCCAUUAUAGCCCUCCCAGCAAUCCCAGCCCUCAUAGCCCUCCCAGCCCUCCUAGCCCUCCCAGCUCUCCCAGCCCUCAUAGCCCUCCCAGCUCUCCCAGCCCUCAUAGCCCUCCCAGCUCUCCCAGCCCUCAUAGCCCUGCCAGCUCUCCCAGCCCUCAUAGCCCUCCCAGCUCUCCCAGCCCUCAUAGCCCUCUCAGCUCUCCCAGCCCUCAUAGCCCUCCCAGCUCUCCCAGCUCUCCCAGCCAUCCCAGCCCUCCCAGCCCUCCUUGACCUCCCGACCCUCCCGGCUCUCCCAGCCCUCCCGGCUCUCCCAGCCUUCCAUGCCCUCCCGGCCCACCCAGCCCUCCCAUCCCUCUUAGCCCUCCCAGCCACCAUAGCCCUCCCAGCAAUCCCAGCCCUCAUAGCCCUCCCAGCCCUCCCAGAGUACCAGCCCUCCCAGCCCUCCCUCACAUCCCAACCCUCCCAGCCCUCCCUCACCUCCCAGCCCUCCCAACCCUCCCAGCCCUCCCAGCCCUCCCUCACCCCCCAGCCCUCCCAGCCCUCACUCACCCCCAUCCCUCCCAGCCCUCCCUCACCCCCCAGCCCUCCCAACCCUCCCUCACCUCCCAGCCCUCCCAGCCCUCCAAGCCCUCCUAGCUCUCCCAGCUCUCAUAGCCCUGCCAGCUCUCCCAGCCCUCAUAGCCCUCCCAGCCCUCAUAGCCCUCCCAGCUCUCCCAGCCCUCAUAGCCCUCCCAGCCCUCAUAGCCCUCCCAGCUCUCCCAGCCCUCAUAGCCCUCCCAGCUCUCCCAGCACUCAUAGCCCUGCCAGCUCUCCCAGCCCUCAUAGCCCUCCCAGCUCUCCCAGCCCUCAUAGCCCUCUCAGCUCUCCCAGCCCUCAUAGCCCUCCCAGCUCUCCCAGCCCUCAUAGCCCUCCCAGCCCUCCUAGCUCUCCCAGCUCUCCCAGCCCUCCCAGCCCUCCCAGCUCUCCCAGCCCUCCCAGCCCUCCUUGA